GACGAGCGAGCAUCUGUCCAUGAGAAGGAUCUUACGAUCACUGUCGACAGUGCCGAAUGGAGCUGGCUGUGAUCCGCACUUGAGUUUGAGCCGCUACGUCGAGGUACUGACGAAGAGAGAGUUCGAGGACAGGGCCGAGAGGCAGGCUGCUAGUGAGUCACGGAGGUUGUCGAGGAGAUCCAUCUAUAGAGAUCAAGACGGUCCCAGGAGCAGCGGCACCAGUGUGGAAGUGAAUCAAGAGCUCAAGAAAGAGCUGGAUCGUCUGGAAGAACUGCAGCAGCAACAACGAUUAGGAAGGACUGAGAGAGAUGAGAUCAAAACUUACGAAACGCUUCUUCGGCAGUGUACAGCAACCAAAGCACUCGAAGGAGGCAAACGCUUGCACCACCUUCUGCUGGAAACCAGGCUGAUUGAGAGCGUAUUCCUCGCCAAUCUUCUCAUCCAAAUGUAUGGAACCUGCGGCCAGCACCAGGAAGCUUUGGCAGUCUUCCAGGGCCUCAAAUCGCCCAACGUCUUUUCUUGGAACAUCAUCAUCUCGGCAUACACCCAGAACGGGCACCUGCAGGAAGCCAGGGAACUUUUCAGCCGCAUGCCAAAGAAAAACGUCGUUACCUGGAACACCAUGAUCGCAGCGUUUGUUCACAGCGGCCAAAGCCAGGAAGCACUGGACCUGUUUGAUGAAAUGGGCGAGGAGCUGAACAAGAUCACUUUGAUCCACGCUCUCCAAGCCUGUGAGAGCCUCGGAGCUCUAGAAAAAGCCCAAGAGAUCCACUCCAGAAUCAUCAAGCUGGGAUGGGAGUCGCACACCAUCCUGUCCACUGCUCUCUUCAACGUCUUCGCCAAGCACGGCAGCAUGCUUCAAGCUCGAGCCAUCUUCGAGAAAAUGCCACACCGCGACGUUGUCUGCUGGAACUCGAUGGUCGCUGGCUAUGCCCGACGAGGACAUAUCGAAGAAGCCAUGAAGCUCUUCCUCUCCAUGACCGUCCGGAACGCCUCGUCUUGGAACUCCAUCAUCACGGCCUACGUCCAGUCGGGCCACAGCAAGGAAGCCUUCGGUCUCUUCAAAGCGAUGGACCUGGAGGGCGUUGAGGCCACGAAGAUCACCUUCCUAGCGGUUCUCGGCGCUUGCACUGGCACGAACUCUCUGGCACACGGAAAACUCGUCCACACUUUGAUGGUGGACGCCGGCUUCGCGGUCGACAUCACUGCCGCCACUGCUCUGAUCACCAUGUACGCAAACUGUGGAGCUCCAGAGGCCUCCAAGGCUGUCUUCCUCCAAAUCUCUCAUCACAACUGCAUCACCUGGGCUUCCCUGGUUGCUGCUUACGCUCACAACGGCCGUGGAAAGGCCGCUGUGGAUUUCUUCCGUCUGAUGUGCCUGGAAGCUUUCAAGCCAAACCAGAUUGCGUUCGUCAACGUCCUUCACGCUUGUAGCCAUGGCGGGCUGCUCGAAUGCGGGACGAGCUUCUUCCAGUCCAUGGUUAGUGACUACGGCCUGGAGCCGAUCUUCGAGCACUACGUCUGCAUGGUUGAUGUUUUAGGCCGAAGUGGUAGAACAGACAUCGCAGAGAACCUGAUACUGGAAAUGCCGUUUGAGCCUGACGGACUGCCGUGGACGGUGCUGCUGGCAGCUUGCAAAAUCCAUCACGACGUGAAACGGGGAGCGAGAGCUGCCGAGAAGAUUGUGGAGCUGGAUCCAAAGCGAUGCGUUGCGUACACGUUGCUCGCAAACGCGUACUCGGGAUCUGGAAACAAGUUGUUAAAGUAGACAAAAUCGAAAAGAGCGUCAUUGCAUACCUGUAUCGAACAAGCUCCGCACGAGAGACAAACUAUAAAGAAACAAAA